AUGACACCCCCAACGCUCCCAUUCGCACUGUCUCGCUCAGCUUCCGAGCACCUGGCGCUCCUCUCACUGGAACCAUUGACACCAUCAUCAUUCUCCGAGUUCGGCACCGCCAUAAGCCCUCCCUUUGACUCGUCAUUAACGACACCGCCCCGCUCAUCCGCGUCUAUCCCUGUCCCGCUCCACUCUCCCCACCAACCCGCGCCGGUGUUUGCAAACCAGAAUUCCGCGCUCAAGACGUCCCCGAUCUCGCAGUUCAGCAACCACUACCCCGUGUCCCCGCCCUCGAAACCUCAGAUGAGCAUGUUCUCCUGCUUUCCCAGAAACCUGAGCGGCAUCGGAAUUGAGGCGUCCCCGUCCCAGUCCGGUGGGGAGGGCAGCAUCUUCAGAGUCUCCAUCCUGGAGCGGCAUCCGUAUACGACUCAGACGUUCUGCCCACUCGGCCUGGCCGCCUCGGAUCCUUCAACAGUCUUCCUCGUGGUGGUGGCUCCCUCGAUGUCUUCUUCCACUACCGCCGUUACAGCAAACACUUCCAGCAGAAGCGAACCGGUGGCCAUCACCAAUCCCCCGGACCUUGCCCGCCUCCGUGCUUUCGUGGCUAGAGGAGACCAAGCUGUCACUUACGCGCCCGGAACAUGGCAUGCCCCGAUGGUUGUAUUGGGCCAGCGACGGGUCGACUUCUUGGUCACGCAAUUCGUGAACGGUGUUGCAGAGGACGAUUGCCAGGAGGUGCUACUGGGGCAGAACAAGAUCGGGGUAGAUUUGAGUGGUGUGGGGUUGGAUAGGUACGGAAACAAAGGGAGGCCGAGGCUUUGA